AUGAGCGCGUUCGAGGUCACUUGCACACCACCCCGUGUUGUUGCAAAACGAAAUAACGAAGCCCGCGAACCGACGCUUGUCGUGCUCGGUCCGUUCACGCCGAAGGCGAUAGUUGUAUUUGAAGGCGUCCCGGUGGGCAAAACAGCCCGUAGGCAGCUCAUCCUUCGAAACGCGCAAAGCUCACCAGUGGAGGUACACCUUACGCGAAUACCCGAUCCAGGGUGUGGGCUUUCGUUCGAGUGGACCUCCAACCAGGUCAACCCGGGUGGGGAAAAACCGCUAGAAAUCGUGUGGAAUCCGCCAACUCCCAUCGUUAGGAAGGAAGUGAUUGUCUUCACAGACAGUUUGGGCCACAAAAAGGACGUGCAAUUGAUUCUUAAAUCGAUCGAACUGAAAGCGCCAAAUCGCAAACCGGCUCCGAAGUUGUUUGCCGCUCCGGUCAAGCUAAAGCUUAAGUCACCGUCACCGCCAAAGGUUAAACUAAAGCGGAUUGUGCUGCCGAAAAAAGCAACAGCAUCACCACCGGUACGGACGGGUGGUAGCUGGUCGUCGCGCGAUUCGGCUUUUUCUCGAUCGGCUCCGGUUAGAAGUAGCGCCGCCGCCCUCAGGAUGGGAUCGUACACCUCGAAAGUUACGGACGCCGUGUUCGGGCCCAACGAUAGCAGCUUCGAAUGCGAUGAAUCUAAGGAUCAGUUGCUCGCAAGCCCGCGGGACAGGCCUAAAGUUGGCAACAAAGAAAACGUUAACCCGAUUAGUCCGCUGGUGAAUGUACAUUUUUCCCCCGGUAUAGCUGAACGCACUUGUACGACGCAAUUAGCGAACCAAGAAACGCCGGACAUUUACUUGACGACUGUUAAUCGAAGGGGCUUGACGGAUGUGGCGAUAUGCAAAGCGCUGGAUGUUUCAGCGAAACUGGAACCUGCCGGUUCGAUUCCUGCGAUCAAAGUGUCGCCCGAUCCGAGCAACCACCGACCGACUGUUUUGUGCGUUCGUCAAGGCAACGUGAAACAAGAAGAAAUUACGGCCACCCCUGCGGAUCGUGCUAAGUUCGAUCCGAGCUGCUACUCAACCGUCACCAAACCGAUGGCAACGGAUAAAACGUUUCUCAAACCGUUAUUCGAUAGUUCUGCCGAAGGGCCAAACGAGUUUCAGAAGCGUCCGGGAGAGAGUCUUCAACGACACUUGACAUUUUCACCCGAAAUUGUUCGCAAAGAUGUGACGACCGUUGUGGCACCAGCGCCUGAGGCCGAUGUUAUGUUGCCGCCCGAUGACGUUGCCACCGUUAAGGUGGAGGAAGAUUGGAACGGAUUGUCGGCAGAGCAUGUACUACAUUUUCCCAUCAACAACAAAACCCACGACGUAAUCCACGAUUCCGGCUCACAGCUCUCGGUUAUCGCGGAAGAACAUACUCCCGUUGAGCUCGGUGUCACGUUCGAUCGUCCCGCUGCUCCCGCCGGUGAUUCGGCUUCCGACGUGGCCAACCUGGUAUUGAUGCUACCGGAUGCCGGGAGCUGCCACCAUCGGACGUUCAAGAUUGCGAGUCACGAAAACAGCCGGUCGGUGUCGGUAGAAAACAUUGCGACACAGAACGUAACCGUGACACUGAAAACGGACAUAUCGCUCGGUUCGUUGCCAAACUUGUCCCAUAAGGAGGAACGGGACAGUGGCAACCUCGAGGAGGACGAAGUGGAGCGUCUGUUUAAGGAGCAUGAAAUUCGUGCCCAAUCGAGUCGCUUUAAUCUUCACGAAAUUGGUCGGUUUAGCGAUGAGAUGGUGAUACCAAUCGACCCCGCUGGCCCGGGUUGCAAGCGUGCAAAGCACGAGCCCGGUCGGAAUGAGCCAGAGUAUGGCAUCGAAAUUACACCUCCAAAGCGACGGUGUGGCGUCGAAACGUCCCUCGCUUCCACCGCACGCACGGUGCACGUGGAGCGUAGUUUCACCAGGUCCACCAGCAAACCGAUCGGCCACCGAUCGUCAUCGGAACACGGUCGGAGCAUGGUGCUAAAGACUUCGGCCAGCUUCCAGCGCAGUUUGUCGCUGAAACGGCCCGCUGUGCCGUCCGGUUUCGCUGCGAAGGACGUGCAAGAGAAGCGUGUGUUUUUGUACGACUCCGACCGGCACCUGAAAACGCUCAUCAAUCCCGAUCCGUUCGCGGCGUCGACCACGUGCGAUCCGUUUCUGACCGCCACGAUGUAUCUGGAUCAGCGGGCCUUCGGUCAGUACGAGGCGCAGCUGAAAAAGUGGCUCAACGCCCUGGUAACCAUACCGGCCGAUCUGGACACCGAAACGUCGCGGCCGCUCGAUGUGGGCAAGCUGUUCGACGAGGUGAAGGGCAAAGAGCUGACGCUGGCCCCGACCAAGGAGCUGAUCUCGUCAAACUACUACAAAAAUCGUCUCAACAGCUUGCGCACCGCGGGCAUCGCCCUGUACCUCACCGAGGAAGUCGCUGGGCCGCUGCGUAAGGUGAGGGCACAGAUCGAAAAGCAACUGCUUGGUGUACGCACCGACCGGAAUCUGCAUCUCGAUCUGGUGCUGCAACGUUCCGUGCUCGAGUUGUUGCUCUGCUUCAAUCCGCUCUGGUUGCGGCUCGGGCUGGAGGUGGUGUUUGGUGAGCAGAUCGAACUGCAGUCGAACCGGGACGUGGUCGGGCUGAGCACGUUCAUCAUACACCGGCUGUUCCGGGAUCGCUACCUGGAGGCGCGCAACUCGAAAGCCUACAACCUGUCGGCGGCAUACGCAGAGCACAUGAAAAAGUUCACGCUCCGCACGGUGCUCUAUCUGCUGCUGUUCCUCGACACGGCCAAGCGCCGCAAGCUGAUCAAGCACAACCCGUGCCUGUUUGUGCGCAACGCACCGUACAAGGAGACGCGCGAGGUGUUGGUGCGCUUCGCCGCGACCCUGGUGGCCGGGAUCGGUGACAUCACGAAGCACCUGAAACGCGCCGGAUACACGCUCUCGCACAAGCAGUCCUACCUGGACGAGUACCAGUACGCGUUCGAGAAUCUGGCCGUCGAUCUGCGCGAUGGCGUGCGGUUGACGCGCGUCAUGGAGAUCAUCCUGUUGCGCGAGGAUCUGUCGGCAAACUUGCGCGUGCCGCCGAUUUCGAGGUUGCAGAAGAUACACAACAUCAACCUGGCGCUGCGGGCUCUGGAGGAGGCCCGCUACCAGAUCGCGGGCGACAUUACGGCCAAGGAUAUCUGCGAUGGGCAUCGGGAGCGUACGAUGUCGCUGCUGUGGCAGAUCGUGUACCGAUUCCGGGCGCCCAAAUUCAACGCGGCCGCCAGUGUGCUGCAGCGUUGGUGGCGCACGAACUGGCUGCGUGUCCUGGUGGCCCGGCGUAUCGAGAAGCUGCGAGCCGCGGUCACGAUGCAGCGCUAUGUGCGACGCUUUCUGGCGCAGAAACUGGCCGCCCGGCGGUACGGAGCCCUCGUGCGCAUCCAGCAGUGGUGGCGCUCGGUGAGCGACAUGCGCCAAGCCCGCGAACGCUAUCUGGCUGUCCGGAAGGCGGCAAUCGUACUGCAAACGUCCUACCGCCGGUACGCUCUGAGCCGGCGGCUUCAGGCGGCCGCGAUAGCGAUCGGGGCGAUCCGGGCCGAGGCGAAGCACCGCCACGAGCAGGCGAUCGUCAUCCAGCGGAGCAUCAGAUCGUACGUCGUGCACCGACGGUUACACGCGACCGUGGACGGUGUGGUGCGUUUCCUGCGCGGCCAGAAGCUCCGGGAUCGUUCGGCGACGGCCAUUCAAGCGUACCAACGGAUGCGAACCGCGAGGAGCGCGUUUUUGCGACUUCGCGCGGCCACGGUUUGCAUUCAGCGUCGUUGGCGCGAAUGUUUGGAAGCUCGGCGAACGCGCGAGCGAUACCUGCGCGUACGAUCGGGUGCGAUCGCACUACAAUGCUACUUCCGCGGAUAUUUACAGAUGCGUCAGGAUGCGCAGCAGUACGCCCGGGUUCGACACUUGAUCAUUCAGCUGCAGCGACGUCGCCGCGCUACGGUGGCCAUGGUCCGGGAUCGUUCGCACUACGAGCGCUUCCGAGGCGCGGUGAUUUGUGUGCAGCGCCGUUAUCGCGCCCAAAAGCUCAUGCAACGCCAGCUACAGCAGUAUGCGGUCAUUCGCGGUGCCGUUCUCGUAUUGCAGCACCGAUAUCGGGCCCAGCGGUUGAUGGAACGCGAACGGCUGCAAUACGAACGCUUGCGGUACGCCACCGUUUGCACUCAGCGCCGGUUCCGGGCACAGUUGAGCAUGCGUUCCGCUCAGAAGUCUUACGGGUGCCUCAAGCGAGCCGUCAUCACGGUCCAAACACGUUACCGUGCUAUACUGACGAUGCGCCACGAGCGCCACCAGUUCGUUGAGCUACGACGCUGUACGAUCGCUAUCCAGUGUCGAUUCCGGGCGCUCAUUACCGGCCGACAGGAGCUGGCCCGCUACGCGAUCCUUCGCGCGGCCACAAUACGCAUCCAGCGAAAAUGGCGCGCAACGCUGCAGGCGAAAGAGGAACGCACACGGUUCCUGCUGCAACUCCGUUCGACCCUCACGAUUCAACGUGCUUGGCGGAGUGUGCAGUUGAAGCGAAAAUUGCGCACCGACUAUCUCCAGUACCGGCUGGCGGCCACCAUUAUCCAGCGUCGCUUCCGAGCCCUCCGUACGGGUCGAGCUGUACGCCAGCACGUCAACCGCCAACGGUGUGCUGCGAUCGCGCUUCAACGCAAGCUUCGGGCCACACUGGCGAUGCGCCGGGACCGAGCGGAAUUCCUGCGGCUCCGUCUGGCAACCGUCACCGUUCAGCGCCGGUUCCGAGCGAACCGGAUCGGGCAGAUCGAGCGAUCGCGGUACAACGAACUGAAACGGAGCGUGGCAUCACUUUCCACCUGGUGGUCCAGUAUUUUAGCGAUGCGACGUCAACGGGUCGCAUAUCUGCGCCUAAAACUGGCCGCGAUGGUGAUUCAGCAGCGGUUCCGAGCCCUCAGAUCGAUGCGACAGCAGCGCGCGGUGUACGAACGGAUCCGAGAGGCCACACUGUUCAUUCAGCGGAGGUACCGUGCGCAAAGGGCGAUGGAACGUUGCCGUGGCCGGUUCCUCAAUCUGCGCAGUGCCUCGAUCGUGGUGCAGGAGUAUUACCGAGCUUAUUGUGCAGGCCGUCGACAGCGUGCGGCUUUCUUGAGGGUUCGGCAAGUGACCAUCUCCAUGCAGCGACGUUAUCGCGGCAAGCUGUUGAUGCGCCAAACGAUCCUCGAGUACGAGCGGUGCAAGCGCGGCGCCGUCACCAUUCAACGCUGGUUCCGGGGCUACCAAGAGAUGCGGAAAGUACGCGGGCGGUUUCUCUCCAUCCGGCGGGCCGCCUGUGUGGUGCAGGCUCGCUAUCGUGCCACCGUGGCCACACACCAAGCGGUCCACCGAUUCAGGCAGCUCCGAGAGGCGGCCAUCCGCCUGCAGAUCCGUUGGAGAGCAACGCUUGCGAUGCGGAAGCAGCGGGCCAACUACCGACGGGUGUUGGCCGCCGCCGCAACCAUUCAGACCCGGUACCGUGCGUACAAGGAACGGAUGGUCGAUCAGGCGGCCUAUCGGUUGUAUCGUAGCGCGGUGAUCAUCGUCCAGCGUCGGUAUCGCGAAAAGCUGGCCACACGCGCCGAACGCGUCCGGUUCGUGUCCAUCGUCCGUACGGUGCGUGGCCUGCAGCGCCACGGAAGGGGCUUACUGGCACGCCGAGCGUAUCGGGCGAAGCUGACACCGGAGUUUCUCGAAUCGCGCCGCCGCCAACGGGCAGCUCUGCGAUUGCAGGCUUGGUGGCGUGGGGUGCUCCACCGCAAACGGCACCAGACGGUGCGUAUGCGCAAAAUGGCCGUUCAGAUGGUGGCGAGUCGGCGGGAGGCCGAGCGCGAUCCCACGAACCGGGUAAGCAACGUGACGCGGCUGUGCAUGCGCUUCCUGGCGUCCCGAUUCAGUUCGUCCGAUGCGAUCGGCAUCCUGCAGCGGCUGGAGCGUCUGUCGCGCCUCGUACCGUACCUGCUCGUCGAGGAUGCCGUCUUUUUGGCGCAGUUCUGCUAUAGCACUAUGGCGCAGUCGAUACGGUCCGAGCUGGACAAGACACUGAUCGAAAUCUGUGCCCGCAUCAUACUGAACCUGGCCCGUUUUCCCGGCACUAAGGAGCAAGCCUAUCAGGAAAAAGGACUGGUGACCGUGUCGCAAAUGCUGCUGCGCUGGUGUGACAAAGACUGUGGAAUAUUCAGCACACUCUGCACGCUCCUGUGGGUGUUGGCGCACGAUUGUAGGAAGAAAAACGCAAUCCGUCGCUACAUGAUUUCAAAAGAUGCCAUUUUUAUGCUCCGCGAAACGAAGAAAUUGGUCAAGCGCAAGGAAAACAUGCGCAAAAACGUGCAGCGCCCGCCGGUCGGUUGUCUGGUGCCGGUGAGCCCUCAGCUGAUGCGCACGGUGCCGGCCCUGCAGCCCGACUACGGUGUCGAUCGGAGCAAACCGUACGUGUUCUACUCGUCGGUGUUCGGGUUCGAAAAGGUGUUGCAAAUGCUGGAAGUCGAUCUUUCGUAA